UUGUUCCUAUUAAUAAACAAAUUCACUAAAAUCCAGCCUUCAAACCAACCCCCAAUAUUUUUGAGCAAAAAACUAACCCCAAUAACAUGCUACCUCUUUCCUUGUCUAUUUCUAUAUACUAUGUGUGAAAGAAACAUUAAGCACUCACUAACCAUUGUGUAGCACAGACAGUACUAGCUAGAUCCAGUUCUUGUUCCUCUUUUUCAGUUUCUGACACCAAUACAUAUAUCAUCGUUACACACUCAUCACUCUUUUUUUUUUUCUUAACCAAAAAUAAUGUCUAUGCACGCAAAGACAGAUUCCGAGGUGACGAGCUUAACAGCAUCGUCACCUACACGGUCCCUGCCACGGGGACCAGUGUAUUACGUGCAGAGUCCAUCAAGGGACUCUCACGACGGUGAAAAGACUACAAAUUCUUUUCACUCAACUCCAGUGCUUAGUCCUAGUGGAUCACCGGGCCGUCAAUCUAGGAACUCUUCAUCUACUAGAUACUCUGGGUCUCUACGACCCGGGUCAAGGAAAGGGAGCCACCAUCAACAUCAUAGAAAAGGAGAAAAGGGUUUUGAUGCUAUUGAGGAAGAAGGUCUGUACGAUGAAGAUGGUCGAAAGGGUCUAAUUCCUCGAAGGUGUUAUUUUCUAGCGUUUGUUGUUGGGUUCUUUGUUCUGUUUACAUUUUUCGCUCUUGUGUUGUGGGGAGCUGCUAGACCUCAAAAGCCGGUUAUCACCAUGAGGAGUAUUGCAUUUGAUCAAUUUGUAGUCAAUGCGGGGGCAGAUGCAUCUGGAGUUGCAACUGAAAUGGUGACACUGAACGCAACAAUUAAAUUCAACUUUCGCAAUCGUGGUACGUUUUUUGGGGUUCAUGUAUCAUCCACACUACUUGAUCUUGCCUAUACCGAGUUGACAUUAGCUACUGGAAGUAUCAAGAAAUUUUACCAAAAAAGGAAGGGUCAAAGAAUCGUGAGUGUGAACGUGCGUGGUGUUGGUGUACCAUUGUACGGGGGAGGUGUGAAUUGGAGUAGCGAGAACGGUAAACUGACUGCACCCGUUCCAUUAAACCUAAAUUUUACGGUUAAAGCCAAGGCUUACGUGCUAGGAAAAUUAGUCAAGCCAAGGUUCAACAAAAGGGUGUCGUGUGCCAUUGUCUAUAAACCGACCAAGGUCAUUAACACACCCAUUUCUCUCAAGAACUCGUGCACCGUCGUAUAGCCCAUCAAAGUUUCGCCUAUAUUUGGGAUCUGAUACUUGUCAAAGAAACAAUAAUCUGGCGAUUUUAGCUCAUUCAGACACAAAACAUAGGAACAGUUUGGUGACCAUUGUUUUUGUACUACAGUGAAAAAAAAUAAAGUCAAACUUUAGAGCGUGGGGGAAAUUGGGGUGAAAAGUCAAAAAGAUGAGGAGCAAGGCAACAACCAGUGAUCUGAUUGGUAGUGAAAAAGUGUCGGUGACCUUUGGGAACUACGAGUAUUUAAUUGGUCAAUUGGUGCUUACUGUAUUAUAUUUUGAUUUGUUUUGUUAUUACUCGUAUAAGGGCAUAUUUAUAUUUAUGUUUAUUUACUUUCUUGGA